AAAAUAUAAAUAGCGAUCACCUCCCAAAUUGUAAGCCGCAGUGGGCAGUGGGCGGUGCCCAUACUUUGAAGCGAUGAUCAGGUUGACAACUCUAUCCUGCACCUCAAUCCGAUCAUCUUCGGCUCUCAGACCACCUUCACCUUCAUCUACAUCUACUCAUGCUCUGUUCGGCAACCAUAGGUACAGGCUCAAGCCCUCAUUUCUCCAAAACCUCGAACCAUACCACUACCAGAGAAAAAUCAGGGAUGUGACUUUUAGAGUAGCAGGACUGUCUGAUGACGCGCCUUUCGCCGUUGCGAUCGGCGCUUCCAUGCUCACUUCGUUGCUGUUUCCCGUCACCGGUGCUCCCGACGAUGAUUCCGGUGAUUCUGCUAUUGAUUCUACCGAUUCCAGGUUUGCGGUUAUGGGCAUCAUCAGCUUCAUUCCUUACUUCAAUUGGCUGAGUUGGGUUUUUGCGUGGCUUGAUACUGGGAAGAGGCGUUAUGCAGUUUAUUCCCUCGUUUACUUGGCUCCCUACCUCAGGUCAAAUUUGUCAUUGUCACCUGAGGAGAGCUGGUUGCCUAUUGCUAGCAUUCUAUUCUGCAUUAUUCAUGUUCAGCUGGAAGCAAGCAUCAAGAAUGGAGAUCUUCAGGGAUUUCAAUUGUUUAGCGAGGCCUUAAAACGGGACUUACCAAAGCGCAGAAAGAAAGACCGCUUCAAUGUUCACCAAGGAAAAUCUGAGAAGGAGACCAAAAGCGAUGACUUGAAUCUGCCAUCUGGUGAUGACCAAUCAAGGAACAAAAUUCGAGGUUGGGAAGUUCCCAAAAAGUCUCAUGACAAUGAACGCUUGGACGACGAACGAAAUGAAGACGAGAGAAGGAAACACUAAAAAGCAUAGAUUUUCCAUGGCAGGAAUAUUUAAGUCCACACCUGAGCUCUUGUAUUCCGAGUUAAGUAUAACAUCUUUUACUUCGUAGUCUUCUAUUAUCAAGAAGACCAUGAGAGAGAGAUGGUUGCCGUGCAACAAAUGUAUAUUGAUAUGAUGAUGGUGCAGCACAUGUUCAGAAGCAGAUUUCAUAUUUUUCGAAUGAAUUUAAUACAAACUAGUCUUUGUAGCAA